AUGAAAAAAGUAUUUUCGUGCGGAAAAAAUGCAGUAGGGUCAUCAUCAUCAAACAUGGGUUGCUGCAAUCGAAGACUGUUCUUCCAAGUUUUCCUAGGAAUAUCCGAGGGUCUUUUAGUUCUCACACAGGGAACAUUGUUGAACUAUUACAUCAUUUCACAAUUUUCCGACACGAACACGACUUAUUUUUUCUUUCUCGGAGAUUUCAUAUGCAUAUUUUUAUACGCUGGAACGUUGACCGUCGCCUACCGAUACCUCAUAGAGUAUAACAAGCAAAAAAAUCCAAACAAUUCAUUUUUGUAUUCUCCGAAACGUUUCAUAACGAAUUAUUCGGCUUCGAAAUUCGGCGUUUUGCCUCUCAUUUACGUGUCGUGGGCUUUCUACGUCGUUUUACUUCUGAGUAAAAUAGCCGUCAUAUUCACGUCUGAAAUACCCGAACAUUUAAAUACGAAAAACGUGGCGGGUCCACAACUUCUCAAAGUGGGUAUCGCGUUGUCCGGAGUCAUAUUUUUGAUAUUGGUCGAAGGGCACAAUUGGUCGGAACCCGGUUCUCCGCGGUACCUCUACGUCAGUUCCAUAUGCACAAAGACUGGUAUUGAAAUAUUAGAUUCCGUUUCUUUUUUAUCAAUAUUGUUGAGCGAUUCGGGUAACAAUUUGCCCGAUACGUUGACUCCGACUUUCAUAUCGGGCAUCGUGGCAAUAGCCGGAGUCAAUUUCUUGCUUCCCGUCCUAAUACUUUACAAACUCAGUUUGGGAGAGCAUCACAAUAAAAGAUUGCCCGUUCCUCUCACCGUUUUGCACAAUCUCCUUCACGUUUUCAGCGUCGACAUGCCGUAUUUUGCCAUACGUCUUCUCCUAUGGGUGAGACACAAUCACAACACUUCCAUAUUCAUAAUGAAAAACGCGUUCGGAAUGUUGAUGGCCGUCCGAAACAUUUAUCCGGAUUUGAAACUCUGUCUCAGGAGAGACCCCAAAAAAACUAACGUCGAAUAUUUGCCGGGAGAAAAAAUUAUUUACGUCGACGAAAUGGUCGGAGACGAUGAAAAAAUCGGAGAGCCCAUGGACGAAUUGAAAAAAGUGAUAUUGGAAAAAAAAGACAGCGUCAUAACGGAAAAGUAA